AUCAACAGGUGAAUUAUCAUUGCUAUUAUAUUAUAAUCAUUACUUUCUUAUUAUUAACAUAUUAUUGCUAUUUCAUUCUUCAGUUACAAUCAUAUAUUUUUUUUACAUUCUGGUAGAUAACUUCUCCUUUAUCUCCCUUAUACCUGUUUACUCUUGUGUUUCAACAUAAGCUAAGUUUCAAGGAACAAUGAUCAGAGAAAUUUGUGCGAUAACAAUUAAAACUACUAGUGAAAAUGGAAACAGAACUGACGCAUUGCGAUACAGAAAUUCAUAUUUAGAGACGGAAAAGAGCCAAAAUAUUUUCUUCGUUUAACUCCCCACUUCCUUUAUGGUUCGAGCUCAGCCACUAUAGACUUAUUCACAAGAGAUUAUAAACUGUGUUUUUUAAACGGUAUCCUGGUCCUUGUUCGCUGACAGUAUAUUUCCAAAAGAAUUUGUGUCAAGCAUGGUUUUUCUAAAUUCAGCAUUCUUUAUCUCUAUAGUAUUGAAUAAUUUUGUUGACAACUGCCUUCACAAUUAUAUUUUGUGUUUUUGCUAAGAGAUUAGGUUACAUUCUAUUGUCUUUUUUUUCUUAUUUGCUCAAUUAAUCUGGGUUAAUAUUUCACGAUCCCAUGGUUUUUGUCUUGGAAAAUCAUUUUUCCUUCAAACGGUACUGUUUUGUCUAAAAUUUAAUGCUGAAAUAUAGACGAGGGAAGCGGAUCUUUCUACUACAUACUGGGAGUAUUUUUGUAUUGAAAUGGUUGAAAACGAUCCACUCGAAACCUUCAAAACCAGCCAUUUAAAUUCUCCUUUUUUCUUACAUAAACUAGAAAUUUCGAUGUGAAAGUGAGUGCUGGCGAUGAGAAAAGAGUUUAGGUGCGUACAAAUUCACAUUAGUUGAAGAAUUCCAAACUACUUUGUUUUAUAUCCUGGAAGGGACUUUGAAGGGGAAAAAUUCCUAGAGCAGCAAUUAUUUUGGCAAGUUAUUCCAGUAAGUCUUAAUGGUUCACAAGGGAUUACUUGAAUGAGUUUAAAAUAAUUCCAGGAGCAACAGGUGUCAUCAGGUUGCCUUUGCAGUUUUUGAGCUUACUGGCUUAUGGCCGGUAAAGCUCUAUGUCAACGGGUUUGUUAGUAAGUAAGGAAGACUUCACGAAUCAUGCCAGUCAAGUUUGCAUAGCAGAAGUGGUUGGGCUGGGCAUUUACUCAGGAAGCCUGGUAAUAAAGUAUUACUCAUCCCGCCUUCGAAAAGGUCAAUAGAAGCUCUCUAAGAGGAACAUCAAGUGGAAAAAGGGAAAGAGAGCUGCCAAAAUUAGAGUCCAGUGGGAAGGCCAAUGGUUAAUGCCCCUAUGCUCCCCUGCAGGAGCGACGAUGGCCUCAUUUCCUUGAUUCAAUUAUUUUUAUUGGGACAAGAUUGAUGAUGACAGUUUUUGUCUCUUUCUACCGGCUGAUUUAUGAAAAAUGCUGUGUACGUUAAUUUUAAUACCAUGUGUGAAAAUUGGACGAAUGGUUUCGAUGAUUUACGUGGAAUCAUUCAAAUUUUAAACGCAAACGGCAUUGUCAGUAGAUCGGAAGGAAAAACAGCAGCUGUCAACGUCAAGCGAUUCUCUAAACUGUGACCGUCCACUUGAAAAACAAAUAUGGUCGGAACACUUCGCCAGUAGCAUGUUUGUUGAAUAACAAGCCUUGCAGGUCCGAACAAAACAUUUCUGGUUGUUUGGAUCAGACACGCUCCCUGGAACGUGAUUGUAGUGAAGUUACUGGUCGCAUGGGAAUCACGUGUUCCUCAAUCGAAAGGCCUUUUGACGUCAAGAUAAACACGCGUUCGAUCACGAGUGUUUUGAUAACUAACUGUGAUUGGCCUACUAAAUUCCCGGGUCUCAAAUAUAAACUGAAUGAGCGCACCUCGCAACCGGCGUCUACUGCCACUGAAGACGACUGUCUGCACCACCAAGAAGCUUUUUUCUAAGAGUAACACGAUGGAUGAGAGAAGUAAUAACCCUACGCUCGCCAAGUACAUGUCUCUUGAUCAAGGUGACAGCAUUCAAGCCAUGUACAUCUGGGUAGACGGAACCGGCGAGCAUCUCCGCUGCAAAACGAGAACUGUCAGCGAGGAACCAACUAAACCAGAAGAUCUUCCCAUUUGGAAUUUCGAUGGCUCCAGUACAAACCAGGCGGAAGGUUCAAACAGUGAUGUGUAUCUCCAUCCUGUAGCUUUGUUUAGAGAUCCGUUCAGGAGGGGAAAGAACAAGUUAGUUCUGUGUGAGACGUAUCGAUUUGACCACAAGCCAACCACAACAAAUACGAGAAAAAGCUGCUUUGAUGCUAUGAAUGUCGACCUUGCAAAGAAAGCCGCUCCGUGGUUUGGUAUUGAACAAGAAUACACACUGUUAGACACGGACGGCCACCCUUUAGGCUGGCCAAAGGGAGGUUUUCCAGGACCACAGGGACCCUAUUAUUGUGCUGUUGGUACAGGAAAGGUUUUUGGCCGAGAUGUUGUGGAAGCUCACUACCGAGCUUGUCUGUAUGCUGGUGUAAAGAUUGCUGGAACUAAUGCUGAAGUCAUGCCUGCACAGUGGGAAUACCAGGUGGGUCCAUGUGAAGGAAUUCAAAUGGGUGACCACCUUUGGAUGUCAAGAUUUCUGUUACAUCGUGUUGCAGAAGAUUUUGGAAUCACAGUCAGUUUUGACCCCAAACCUGUUCCAGGGAACUGGAAUGGGGCAGGAGCUCACACAAACUACAGUACCAAGCCAAUGAGAGAAGAAGGAGGAAUAAAGUACAUCUAUGAGGCCAUUGAAAAGUUAUCAAGCAGACAUGAUUACCACAUUCGGAUGUAUGACCCCAAUGAAGGUGAAGAUAACAAAAGACGUUUGACUGGGCUGCACGAGACAUCAUCAAUUGAGAACUUCUCUCAUGGAGUGGCUAAUCGAGGUGCUAGUGUGCGUAUACCUCGUCAGUGUGCUGAAGAUGGUAAAGGCUAUCUUGAAGACAGGAGACCUUCAUCAAACUGUGAUCCAUACCAGGUCACUGAAGCCAUUGUUAGAACGACAAUCUUGCUAGCAAAGGUGUAAUGAGGAAAAAAUCCUUGGUAUGAAAUAAGUUUAUUACAGCUAUCAUAAUGAUACAUUUUUAAAUUGUUAAAUGAGAAAGAGUCAGUUAUUUACACUGCAAAUUGUAUAAGCAUGCAACUAUUUAAUUAACUUUAAGAUUCCUGGUAGCUCACAAUAUUAAAUAAAUAAAAAUGUGAAUCAGAUGAACUGAAGUCGACAUGUUGAAACCUUGUGCUUUCAGUUUGUAGUUCUGUUAAUUACGGUUUUGAUUGGUUAUCAAUUUCACACUUGCCAUGUAUGAAAUGAAGUUUUAAAACACAUGCUACAAUGAUUUGCGUACUUAAACUGUUCAUGAUUAUUUAACCUUAUUACAAACAAUGUUUAUUUAAUUGAGAACUUAAUAUAAAGUGUCCAAUAACUUUUUUAUAUUGACAUGUUACAGUUAAAUCUAGUAGUAUUAUGGUAGUUACCAGAAGGCAAUUUUUCACCAUCAAACUAAAAAAAAAAACCAAAUAUUUCUAGUAUUGUUGCAGUUACAAGAGACAAGCCAAUCAUCUUGAUAGAAAUUUUAAAAAUGUAAACAAUCAUGGUAAUUAGUUUGUGGCUUGGUUGGGUGUCAUGAUCUCUAGUGCCAUUGUUUGUAUAUCAAUAUUGGUUUUAUGAAUUAAACAGUAGUUAUUGAAUUGAUUCUUUCAAAAAGUUCUACAGUAUCAAUAGCUGUUUAACUUCUAAAUCACCAAGAGACAUUUUGCUUAUUUAGAAUUUAGCUGAAAACUAUGUAUUUUCAGUCUUAUAAUUUUUAUUCAUAAUUGUUUUGAAAAUAAAGGUGGUUAAUCUUUGCA